AUGUCCCAAAAUAAUAUACAAAUUGAUAAACUUACUUGUGAGCAGCGUCAACAGUUCUUUCUUGCUCUAUUUAAUAAUGAACCAUCUCUCCUUAAUGUACUAAAUACUGAGCAACGACAGAAAUUAUAUACAGCACUGAUGACAAUUGACCCCUCACUUAAAUCUCUAAAUGCACAUAGCACUAUAUAUGGGACUACAAAUGAACAAGCAUGUUUUAAAUUAUUUUUACAAAUAUUUCGAUCAGCAAUGAAUCCAAUCAAGAUUCAGGAAUUUAAACAAAUUAAAAAUGAUUUUCAAUGGCACGAACUUUUGAAGUUAGAUAAAGAUCAAUAUUUAAAUUUUCGAAAUGAUCUUCGAAAUAGAGCAGCUUCCAGGCUUUCACGUUGUGAAUCAGUAUCUCGUCAGCAAAAAGGAAAAGUAGAAGAAGUUAUUAGGGAUUUUAAAGAAGCAAACCCAACAUUUCCAGUCUCUGAGGCUGAUUUUAUCCUUCGAGAAUGGCUUGCUUUAUAUUGUAAUAGCAUGGUUGACCAGGCGAAAAAAAAGAAAAUUGCCGAAGCAAAGAAGCAUGGUCUUCCACCACCACCACCAAAAAGAAAAAAUGUCCAACCUCCUAAAAAGCAUAAUAGUAUGGAUAAUAAUAGAACAACAACAACUGAAAGCUCACAAGAUUCUGAGAGAGUUACUCCACCAUCUUCUACUUCGUCUACUGAUGCACUACUUGCAAUAACUCCACAAGUUAACGCUCCUACUGCAACUGAAACAAUGGUUUUCACUUUCUCUACCAAUGAAUCAAAUGCUCCAGUUGUAACUAAUAUAUCAUCUACCUCCGAAGUCAAUAUUCCAGCUACAACUGAAUUUGCUGUAGAAACUCCUGGGUUAGCUAACAAAGAAAUUGUAGAUGCUCAACUUAAACUUGGUGAUUGUUUUUAUAAUGGAAUUGGAACCAAAUUGGAUAUAACACAGGCAAAAUAUUGGUAUGAAAAAGCAGCAAAUAAUGGAAGUAUUAUAGCAAAAAAUAAUCUUAAAGAUUAUUACAAUGAAAAAAUAAGAUUUGAAAUAGACAAACAUAAGAAAAUUAAGUUUUACUAUAAAAUGAUAUUCUCAAUAAAAAGAUUAACCCAAUUUGGAUUGUACCAUAUUAAUAAAAUAUUUUUAAAGACAAAUUAUGAUAAAUCGGUUUAUUAUUUGCAGAAAGCAGCAGAAAAUGGAUGUAAGUUUGCACAAUUUAAUUUAGGUGGAUGUUAUCAAUUAGGGCAUGGUGUAAGAAAAGAUAUAAGAAAAGCAUUUGAAUUAUAUAAGAAAUCAGCUAAACAAGAAUACAUAAAUGCACAAUCUCAACUUAUUUAUUGUUAUGAAUAUGGAUUAGGAACUGAAAUAAAUAGAGUAAAAGCAUUGGAAUUAGUUAAAAUAAUGGCUGAGAAGGGAUUUAAACAUGCACAAUAUUUAUUAGGUUUACAUUACAUAACCGGAGAAGGGGUUGAUAAAGAUGAAAUAAAGGCAUUUAAAUUAUUUGAAAAACUUGCUAAAGAAAGUAAAAAAUGUCAGUCUAAUAAUAAUAAGAUUAAUGAGCAAAAAGAUUUUGAGUAUUUUAAAAUCUUAAUGAAGUAUGUGAAUUCAAACUCAUUAUACCAACUUGGAUAUUGUUAUGAUAAAGGAGUUGGUACAGAACUUAAUUUAACAAAAGCAUUUGAAUUAUAUAAAACAGCAGCUGAGAAAGGGCAUAAUGUUGCACAAAAUGUAUUGGGAUAUUCUUACGAGAAUGGUAUAAGAAUAGAAAAAGAUUUAAAACAAGCUAUUUAUUGGUAUAGCAAGGCAGCAGGCAAUGGAUAUGACAAAGCACAAUAUAAUUUAGGCAGAUGUUAUAAAAAUGGAAAUGGUGUUGAAAAAGAUGAAAAAAAGGCAUUUGAGUAUUAUAUGAAAUCAGCUGAACAAGGUUAUUUAAAUGCUCAAUUUCAACUUGGAUAUUGUUACGAUAUAGGAGUUGGAACAGAAAUUAAUAUAACAAAAGCAUUUGAAUUAUACAAAAUAGCAGCUGAAAAAGGUUAUAGCAUGGCACAAAAUAAUUUAGGAAACUUAUAUGAGCAUGGUAAAGGUACAAAAAAGGAUUUGAAACAAGCUGUUUAUUGGUAUAACAAGGCAGCAGAAAAUGGAAAUGAAAUAGCACAAUAUAAUUUAGAUAGAUACUAUCAAAACCCUAUAAAAACGUUUUGUUUAUAA